GCCGUUUCCAGCGUUGGCGGCGUGCAAGGAGCAUUAAAUGUUUAUUGUAAAUUUGUUCGGCACAGCUUAAAAGUUAUGUUUAUGUUUAUAAGAACUGUAAGCUAAUAGCCACGCGCGCGAGUUUUCCUUGUAUGAGCGGCAAGCGCACACGUAGCUUUAAAUGCGCUGUGCAUCAUCGGGAUCGCGAGGUCUGCUCUGAAAACGACUUUCAGUUGGUGCUUAACGAGCCACCGUUUUUUAAGAAAAUGGUACACGUUGUGGCUGUGGAGAUUUUACCAGAGGAGCGCGACCGCAAGUACUAUGCGGAUCGAUAUACCUGUUGUCCGCCGCCGUUCUUCAUUAUACUGGUGACAAUCAUUGAACUUGGAUUUUUUGUAUAUCAUACGUUGGUCGUUGGCGAGGCCGCACCCACGGGUCCUAUACCCACCGACUCCUUAUUCAUUUAUAGACCGGACAAACGGCAUGAAAUCUGGCGCUUUCUUCUCUAUAUGAUGGUGCACGCUGGCUGGUUCCAUCUGGGAUUCAAUGUGAUGGUGCAGCUGCUCUUUGGCCUACCGCUCGAAAUGGUACAUGGCUCGUCGCGCAUUGCUUGCAUAUAUUUUUCGGGCGUGCUGGCCGGCUCCUUGGGCACCAGCAUUUUCGACCCGGACGUGUUUCUUGUUGGCGCCAGUGGCGGCGUCUAUGCGCUUUUGGCCGCACAUCUGGCCAAUGUCUUGCUCAACUACCAUCAGAUGCGAUACGGCGUCAUGCGUCUGGCGUGUAUACUUAUAUUUGCCUCGUUUGAUUUUGGUUUUGCAAUUUAUGCGCGGUACGCGGGAGAAGAAUCGCUUACCAGUACGCUCUCAACUACGCUGGUCAGUUCAGAUGCUGUUUCGUAUGUCGCGCAUUUGGCAGGCGCUGUAGCGGGACUUACAAUUGGCCUUUUGGUGCUGAAGAACUUCGAGCAGAAGCUGCACGAACAGCUUCUCUGGUGGAUCGCUUUGGGCAUUUACACUGCCUGCGUUGUUUUUGCUAUUGCCUUCAAUGUGCUCAAUGGGGUUUUCAACAUGCGCAUGGAGAAUAUUCGAUUCACCGAAACAUACUUCAAUGACUUCCAAGUCUGAGCUUGGCCUAGCUUUAAGUUGCCUUGUUUUUUGAACGCCAGCGCUGGAUUAUGAUGGCAAUUAUGUUUUUGUUUUGGUUGUUAACAUUUUCGUUAAUUUGUUUUUGUUUCUUAACUGGCAAGUGAAUUGUUUUUUUCUUUGAUUGAAUGCGGGCAAUGCACGCAGUGUCAGUAUCUAUUUAUCAUGUAUAAUAUAUAUUA